GGGGACAGACGGCCGUGUGAACGCACCCGAGUAAGACUGAUGGUUAAGAGAUGACAAUCGAUGUCAGGAGGGAGGCCGCACAGCCAGGGCGGAGGGUUUGUCGCUUUUGUCAAAUGGAUCAACCCCAUGAAAGUGAUUUGAAGCGGUGGAUUUAUUCCAAGCCCAAGCAGCACCAAAAGAGGAACGAAGGUGAAGCCCUACGAUCGCAGGCAGUGACCCCUCUAUUCACCGGCGGCCAGAGGUGCCAAGAAACCGGGAUGAGAAGACGAACCGCUACUCAGGAACAACCGAAACCGACCACCCAGUCCCGACACGUGGUGGACCACAGCUCCGUGGAUCCAGAUUUCGACCUGCACCCUCAUCCUAGUCGAGUCUUCUCUUCGGAUGAAGCCUUGAGGGUCAUGAAGUCCAUCUUAGAUGCGGAGCUGGGAGAUUGUGUAUACGAGGCUACGGGGAGCCGGCGGAGAGCAAUGGAGCUGGCGGAGUUAGUUAAAGCGGCGGUCAGGGACCUGGGGUACGAGCGGUACAAGCUGGUCUGCUACGUGGUGCUGGGCCCGGUGUCCGGGGGGACCGUAUCCUGCUGCAGCAGAAGUGUGUGGAGUCCGAAAUCGGAUACGUACGCGGAAUAUCUGUUCCGGAACCAGUCUCUGUUCGCACUGUGCAUUGUGUACGCCGGAUAUUAUGAGUGAGAGAUGCGAAAUGAUACGGAGGAUAUUAAAGGGGUACUCCGGUGGAAAAACUCAUAAUUUUUUUUUUUUUUUUUUUUAUGAACUGGUGCCAGAAAGUUAAACAGAUUUGUAAAUGAUUUCUAUUUAAAAAAUCUUUACCCUUCCAGUACUUUUUAGCAGCUGUACGCUACAGAGGAAAUUAUUUUUCUUUUUGAAUUUCUUUUUUUUGUCUCUCUGCUGACACCUCUGUCCAUGUCAGGAACUGUCCAGAGCAGCAUAGGUUUGCUAUGGGGAUUUUCUCCUGCUCUGGACAGUUCCUGAUACGGGCAACGGGUGUCAGCAGAGAGC